AUGAGUGAUUGGCAUUUAUUACUUUCUGAUAAAGUCGUCUUUUUAACUGGCGGUUCUGGUUGGAUUGCACGACAUAUUGCUAAGACAUGUUAUGAUCAUGGAGCUCGUAUUGUCUUAGCCGAUUUGAAUAUUAAUACAAUAACUGAAGUAAAAAAUGAAACAUUCGGUUCAGAAAAUACAGAUAAUCGAAUUCUUAUAGUUCAACUUGAUGUACAUGAUGAAGAAUCGAUAAAAAAAGCUAUUGAAUUAACAUUAAACAAAUGGAAUACAAUAAAUAUUCUUAUUAAUACAGCAGCUGUAUUUACACUUGGUUAUGUUGAAGAUGUUUCUGCUAAUGAUUGGUCACAUAUAAUGAAUAUUAAUGUUCGUGGUUAUGCUUUAAUGGUCAAAUAUAUUGUACCUAUUCUUAAAAAACAAAAUAAUGGAUCAAUUAUUAAUUUUGCUAGUGCUGCUGGACUUGUUGCACAUUCCAAUUUUUUACCUUACUCAACAUCGAAAGCUGCUAUUAUUCAAAUGACACGUAAUUUAGCACUUGAUCUUGGUUCAUUUAAUAUUCGAGUUAAUUCAAUAAGUCCAGGUGCCAUUGAAUCACCAACAUUAUAUCGUACAGCAGCUGAAUCAGGUGUUACAAAAGAACAAUUUGAUGCACAACAUGCAGGAAAAUGUAUUAAACGAUUAGGUCAUCCACAAGAAGUUGCUAAUAUGACUGUUUUUCUUGCUUCAGAUCUAUGUCCAUUUAUAACAGGAACAAAUAUCGUUAUUGAUGGGGGAUAUACAACUGUUUAA